AUGGGACCGUGUGGGCCGGGGAGGGGGGGAGUGGCCUUCUACCUGCGGGAGCCCUUGAGGGGUAAGAUCCUGAAAUGCUCAGCUGAGAAUUACUGCCACAACCCAGAAUUCCUGCUGGCCGAGAUCCACUUCAAGAACUCAGCCAAACUCCUUCUUGCAGUGGUCUACCGACUACCUCACUGCGGCAAUCUACAGGAAUUCUUCGAUACCUUCCGAGAUCUUAGCGUUCUUUACUCGCACUCUGUAAUCUUCGGCGACUUCAACGCUGACCUCUCUGCGGCCUCCUUCAAUGCCGGGCGGGUCCUGGACUUCGUGAACUGUGCCAGUUUGUACUUGAUACCGUACACCAACACCCACCAUACCAGGUCAUCCUCCACGUGGUUGGACCUUUGCAUUGUCGACGACUCCGACAAGGUCGUCAGCUACGGACAGCACGAUGUGGGCUUCCUCUCCUCGCACGAUCUUAUUCACAUCACCUACAAAAUCAAGGUCGUUCGUACUCAGACCAGGGACAUCUGGGCAAGAGAUUUUAGAACCUUUGACGUCGGGGAGUUCACCAGGGACCUGCUGGCGAGGAACUGGAACAGGUUCUAUGAGGUUGAUAGCGUUGAUCAUAAGGUCGAACUCUUCAACUCCUUCCUCUUGGAGAGCUUCGACUUGCACGCGCCAGAGCGCCUCAUUAGGCCCCGUAAGCUCCCGGCACCCUGGCUCAGCGAGGAGAUCAAACGCAGGAUGCGCGAGAGGGACAGGGUCAGAGGACAGUGGAGAAGACAUAAAUGCGACCGACUGCACAGCUUGUUCAGGGAUCUCAGGAAUGAGGUCCAGAUCCUCGUUAGGAAUGCUAAGAAGAGCUACUUCACCAACUUCUUCAGCAAUUGUAACGACCCUGGCACUGCAUGGAACGAGCUGAGACACCUGGGUAUAAUAAAAUCUAAGAACUCAGCAAGACCACUACCAUGCUCAACCGAGGAGCUUAAUUUAUAUUUCUCCUCCACUGGCGACCGAGGUGAGGCUCUGGACACUGUGUUGCCCUGUAUUGGUGGCGCGGGCCUGGACGAGGACAAGUUCUUCUGGGGAGGCGUGACACCUGAGGAGGUUGUUUCAGCACUCUCUGGCGUGAGCUCUCGGGCUAAGGGCGUAGACGGACUCCCUUACCGACUGCUGCGUAUCGCUCUUCCCUGUCUUCUGCCUGAAAUGCUACAUAUCUUCGAGUCUUCAUUCACGCUCAAUACCUUUCCGACUUUGUGGAAGCGUGCGCUUGUUGUGCCUCUGCCCAAGGUUCAGGUGCCUGAGGCUCCUCAACAUUACAGGCCCAUUUCCAUUUUAUGCAGCAUCUCUAAGGUCCUUGAGAAGAUAGCGGCCAGGCAGAUCACAGCAUAUUUGGAGCGCCUGGAUCGUCUUGAUCCGUUUCAGUCUGCCUACAAGCGUGGUUUCUCCACUCAGACCGCGCUGAUCAGGGUGCUGGACGACAUUAGAUCUGCCGCUGACAAAAGGAUGGUCACAGUAUCCGUCUUCUUCGAUUUCAGCAAGGCCUUCGACUGCGUCUCUCACAGACUGCUCAUCACCAAACUCGCAGCCCUCGGCUUUUCAAACUCCGUUCUGCACUGGCUCGGCUCGUACCUUUCCGACAGAUGUCAAGCAGUGAGAGAUGCCUCGAGUGGCGACAUGUCUUCCUUCAUGGAAAUAGGAAGCGGGGUGCCACAGGGCUCCGUCCUAGGACCACUUCUUUUUUCAUUGUUCCUCUCCGAUUUCAGGCAUGUUCUUCAGCAUUGUAAAUACAAUUUCUACGCCGACGACCUGCAAAUCUAUCUAAACAGCGAAUCCAAUGACAUCCAAAACUCUAUUCUCUUGAUCAACGAAGACAUUGAGCGGAUCAUCUCUUGGACCUUGGAAAGCAAGCUGAGACUCAAUCCCGGAAAGUCCAAGGCUGUAAUUUUCGGCACUGCGAGAUACCUCAACGCCAUUCUCGCUGAAGAUCUUCCAGCCAUAAGAGUAAACGACGUGGAGGUCCCUUUCUCCGACUCCAUUGACUAUCUGGGAGUCCGGUUAAUGAGCAACCUCUCCUGGGAGGGCCAUGUCAGCAAGGUCGUCAAGAAAGUCAGUUACAUAAUACAUCAACUGAAGCUCUGCAAGGAUCUUUUCCCCAGAUGUGUACGUCGCUCUCUCGUCCAGACACUUGUACUGCCGCAUUUCGACUACUGCUGCGUACUCCUGACUGAUAUUACUGGCGUACAAAAUGCCAGGCCUCAGAGAUCGCUGAAUACAUGUGUGCGUUUCAUUUGUCAGUGCAGGAUCGAGGAGCACAUAACACCCUACUAUACCGAGCUAAAGUGGCUUAAAAUCAGGGAAACAAGAACAUAUUUUAUAGGUUGUCUACUAUUCCAAAUUCUACGCACCGGUGCCCCUCUGGUGCUCGCCCGCGAGUUUUCAUAUAGAGGAGCCGCCUCUCAGCGGGGCACAAGAGCGCCCUCCGAUCUCCUCUGCACCCCUCUAUGCAGGACCGAGCUCUUUAGGAAGUCGUACAGGAGUUACUCCGCAAAUCUCUGGAACGACCUUACACAGAGUUUAAGGACCGCCGUCACUCUCCCAGCGUUCAUAAACGAACUCUUCGCAGCCCUGCUGGAUGGUCUUCUCACACCAACAUGA